CCUGGCAGUAAAGGAGUCGACAGCAGCUGACCUAUGUCCGACAUCCGAAGUGGAAGGAGCCCCCUAUAAAUCAGCCCACACUGGGCAGCCCAGCCAGCAGAGCUGCCAAUCCGCUUGGAGCCAGCCUUGUCGCCACCAUGAACUUCUCCGGCAAGUACCAACUGCAGAGCCAGGAAAACUUCGAGGCCUUCAUGAAGGCCGUUGGUCUGCCUGACGAACUUAUCCAGAAGGGGAAGGACAUCAAGGGGGUGUCAGAAAUUGUGCAGAACGGGAAGCACUUCAAGCUCAUCAUCACCACGGGGCCCAAAGUGAUCCAAAAUGAGUUCACCUUGGGGGAAGAGUGUGAGCUGGAGACCAUGACUGGGGAGAAGGUCAAGGCGGUGGUCCAGAUGGAAGGUGACAAUAAACUGGUGACAACCUUCAAAGGCAUCAAGUCCGUGACUGAACUCAAUGGUGACGUGAUCACCAACACCAUGACAUUGGGUGACAUUGUCUUCAAGAGAGUCAGCAAGAGAAUUUAAACAAGUCUGCACUUCAUAUUCUUUUACUGUGUAAAAUUAAUGUAAUAAAGAGAACUUUGUUU